AUCAGUUACAUGGAAGAAAGAAAUCAAACCUGUGUCACACAAUUUAUUCUCCUGGGACUCUCAGAUGAGGGGGGGCUGCAGUCACUUCUCUUUUGGCUGUUCCUGUCCUUGUACUUGGUCACCUUCACUGGGAACCUGCUCAUGAUCCUGGCCAUUAUCACAGACUCCCGCCUCCACACGCCCAUGUACUUCUUCCUCUCCAACCUGUCCUUUUCAGACAUCUGUUUCACCUCCACCACCGUCCCAAAGAUGCUGCUGAACAUCCAGACGCAGAGCAAAGUGAUCACCUAUGAAGGCUGUCUCAGCCAGAUGUACUUUUUCAUGCUUUUUGGAGUAUUAGAUAAUAUACUCUUGACAGUGAUGGCCUAUGACCGGUUUGUGGCCAUCUGUCAGCCACUGCACUACAUGGUCAUCAUGAACCCCAAGUUCUGUGGAAUCCUGCUCCUGGUAUGCUGGUUAUUGGGUGUUUUUUACUCUCUAUUACUUGACUUACUGAUUUUGCGACUCUCUUUUUGCACAGAUCUGGAAAUCCUUCACUUUUUCUGUGAUCUUAAGCAGGUGAUCCAACUUGCUUGCUCUGAUACCUUCCUCAAUGACCUGGCAGUGUAUUUGGUAAGUGGACUUCUGGGUGUUGUCCCACUCACUGGUAUCCUGUUCUCUUACUCUAGAAUUGUCACUUCCAUUUUGAGAAUUUCAUCAGUGAGGGGCAAGUAUAAAGCAUUUUCCACGUGUGGGUCUCACCUCUCAGUGGUCUCUUUGUUCUAUGGCACAUGCCUUGGGGUGUAUCUGAGUUCUGCUGCUGCACAAAACUCCAGGGCAAGUGCCAUAGCCUCAGUCCUGUACACGGUGGUGACGCCCAUGUUGAACCCCUUCAUCUAUGGCCUGAGGAACAGAGACAUCAAGCGAGCCCUGAGAAAUCUGUUUAGCCGAGAGACAUUGUCUGCAUGUAGGAUUCCUUGUUUCAAGAUAAAGACUUGAGUAACAGGGCUUAAAACCCUGGAAGACCUAGA